AUGGCUACCAAAAUAACCCUUACCGACCUCCUCGCCCUCCCCAAUUCCUCCGUGAAGAUUCCCCGCCUUGGAUUUGGGGUCUACCAAUCCACCAGCAAGCAAUGCAUCACUUCCUGCUUGACAGCCCUUAAAGCCGGAUACAGGCACAUCGAUUCGGCACAAUUCUAUGCCAACGAGAAAGAAGUAGGCGAAGCUGUUCGCCAAUCAGGGCUCCCCCGAUCAGAUGUUUUCAUUACUACCAAGAUCAUGACUGCUGCUGGGAGUGUCGACAAGACCUACGAGAAGUUGGUGGAGAGUGUUGACAAAAUCGACGGCAAGGAUGGAUAUGUGGACCUAUUCUUGAUACACACUGCCAGCGGGGGCUCGAAGAACAGGAAGGAGAUGUACCUUGCUCUCGAAAAGCUGUUGGAGAAUGGCAAGACAAAGAGCAUAGGUGUCAGCAAUUGGGGUAUCGGGCAGAUCGAAGAGCUGAAGAGCUUUGCGAAAGUGUAUCCUCCACAUGUCAACCAAAUCGAGCUACAUCCAUUCUCCCAACAGCGAGAAAUUGUCGAUUUCUGCCACAAGAAUGGUAUCGUUGUCGAAGCGUACUGCCCACUCGUCCGCAACCAGAAAGCCAACGACCCAACCCUCACCUCGAUUGCCAAGGCACAUAACAAGACAGUCAGUCAUGUACUGAUCCGAUAUUGCUUGCAGAAGAAUUGGGUUCCAUUGCCAAAGAGCGAUACGCCAUCCCGGAUCGUCGAGAAUGCCAACGUGUACGACUUUGAACUUUCCAAGGAGGAAAUGAAGACGUUGGAUGAUUUAGAUCAAGGAGGUAGAGGGGCUAUUGUACAAGCAGUCAGCAACCACUUGAGCUACUAA